AACAUUAUCCCCACUCCCACUUCUAAUCUCUCACAGUCUCAACCCCCCCUAAUUUAGUAUCAAACUUUAUCACGUGUACUCUCUCAACUCGCUAACGUGUCUUCAAAUCAUCUUCCUUAUAUACCCUUCCUCCAUUAUUAAACCUCUUUCUCAAACUUUUUCCACUUUCCCCAAACAUGACGAAUCAAACCCUCCUUUUCCACCUCCUCACUUUCUCUCUCCUCCUCUCCACCACCACCACCGCCACCACCGCCACCUUCAUCGGCGCCAACUACGGCAGAGUCGCCGACAAUCUCCCACCACCUUCCUCCGUCGCAAAAUUCCUAACUUCCCAAACUACCCUCACCUCUGUAAAACUCUUCGACUGUGACCCACAAAUCCUCCAAGCUUUCGCUAACACAGGUAUAUCUCUCACCGUCAACAUCCCAAACUCUGACGUCAUCCCCCUAUCCGACCCCACCAACGCCCAAUCAUGGGUUGCCACGCAUAUCCUCCCUUACCACCCUCAAACUAUUAUCCGUUACAUCGCCGUUGGUAACGAGAUUCAUUUCUCAGGCGACAAACAACUUAUCUCUAACGCCGUUAACUCCAUGAAAUCACUUCAUCAAGCUCUUAAAUCCGCUAAUUUAACCGACAUUAAGGUUACUACUCCUCACUCACUUGCUAUCUUACCACCAUUAAUGUCUCCUAGUUCCGGACACUUUCACAAAGAUUACAACCGCGUGUUUUUCAAACCAUUGUUGGAAUUCCACCGACAAACUAAAUCAUCUUUUAUGGUUAACCCUUAUCCUUACUUUGGGUUUAAUUCUUCUAUGAUUGAAUUUGCUAUCUUUAAGAAAAACGACGGCGUUUUAGAUAAAGGUACUGGGAAAAUGUAUUAUAAUAUGUUUGAUUAUUUGAUGGAUGGAGUUUAUUCAGCUAUGAAAAGAUUGGGUUAUGAUGAUGUUGAUAUUUCUGUUGGUGAAACUGGUUGGCCUUCAGCUGGUGAUGUUAGUGAACCAUAUGCUAAAUUGGAUAAUGCGGUGUCGUAUAAUUAUAAUUUGGUUAAACAUUUGAAAUCUGGGAAAGGUACACCAUUGAUGCCUAAUCGGAGCUUUGAUACGUAUAUUUUUGCUUUGUUUAAUGAGAAUCUUAAGCCGAGUACUAGUGAGAAGAAUUAUGGUUUGUUUAGACCGGAUUUUACUGCGGUUUAUGACGUUGGUCUUUUGAAGGAACCUACUCAGGCUGAGGGGCCCGCAACAGUGCCAGUAUCCCCAUCACCGUCGGAUUCAAAACAAAAGUGGUGCGUGGCAAAACCAGAUGCUAGUGAUGAGACAUUACAAGGUAAUCUAGAUUAUGUUUGCAGCUUAGGAAUAGAUUGUAAAGCUAUACAAGAUGGUGGACCCUGUUUUGAUCCCAACACCGUUAGAUCUCACGCAUCAUACGCGAUGAACGCUUAUUAUCACAUCAACGGUCAGCUAGAUUCUGCUUGCUACUUUGAUGGCACCGGAGUUGUUGUCUCCAGUAACCCUAGUUAUCAAGCAUGUGAGUACGUGGCGUAACAGCAUUGGUCGGAGUUUCGUGUAAUAAUGUUAUAACUAUGUGUAGGAGUAAUGUAUCAUUAUUAUUGUGAUAGUGUAGGAUUAUUUAUCAUAAGAUGUCAGAGAAUCCAGCUUUAGAUAUGGUUGGCUCUGUUGUUGUUGUUGUUGUUGUUGGUAAAGAGUAUCACUGCAAUAUUCUUGCAGAUGGUUAAGUUUUAAUGUACAAAAACAAAUUUAACAUGCUCAAGAUCUGUUCUUUUGUUUGUUCAGAA